AUGAGGGGCCACAGUGACAGCUCCAAUGUCUCGGACCAAUCACCCUCGACAUCAAAGCCUGCCUUCAACCACUUCGAGGAGGUCCACACCAACGAGAUUGUGCCAGGUCACAACAACUACUACGAGAAGAAUGGCAACAGGACCGAGGGCGAUGGCGAAAACCAUGAAGAUGUCCCGAUGAACUUCAAGAGGAUCAUGGCUUUGGUCGCCAUGGCUUUCCGUAAGCUCCUUCCAGUCAUUCUCCUUCCUCUACUAAUACUGCAAAUAUACCUCUUCGGUGGUGUUCCUCCCCAAAUCUACGGCGAUAUUGGCGGUGUCGACCGAUGGAUUUGGUUCGUGCUCGCCAACCUCCUCUCCCUAGCCGCUGUCUGUCCCUUCGUUGGGUCCAUUUCCGAUAUCGUGGGACGACGAUGGGUUGCCAUCAUCGGGGCUUGCUUCCUCAUCCUGGGCAUGAUUGUGUGUUCCACCGCCCAAACCAUGAACAUCUUCAUCUGCGGCAUGGUCUUUUCCGGCGUGGGUGCAGGUAUCAACGAGUUGACUGCACUGGCUGUGACGUCUGAGUUGGCACCUACCAGCCAGCGCGGCAAGUACGUCGCCAUUCUCGUCUUCACCAUCAUUCCUUUCUGCCCUUCGGUGCUUUGGGCGCAACUUAUUGCUUCUCAAUCUCCUGGAGCAUGGCGAUGGAUCGGACUGUUCUGCGGGCUUUGGGCAUUCAUUGGCCUCGUUUUGACGACGGUCUUCUACCACCCCCCUCCCCGCGUCAACAGUGCUGGUAUGACUCGUCGCGAAGUUCUGGCCCAAAUUGACUACGUCGGCGGCUUCCUCUCUGUUGCUGGAAUGCUCUUGUUCAUGAUGGGCAUGCAGUGGGGCGGAUACCAGUACAAGUGGUCCAGCGCUCACGUCCUUGCUCCUCUCAUCUUGGGCGUCUUACUGCUCGUGUCGUUUGUGCUUUGGGAAGCCUACGGAGCGAAGCACCCCAUGUUCCCGAAGAGGCUGCGCCAGGAGCCACGCAUUCUUGGUCUUACUCUCGUCAUCACUUUCAUCUCCGGCGCCAACUUCUUCUCCAUCCUCAUGUUCUGGCCGACUCAGGCUUUCAACGUUUACGGUCAUGAUCCAAUUGGUGUUGGUAUCCGUGGUAUUCCAGUCGGCUUUUCUAUUCUCGCUGGGGCUUGCAUCGUCUUGUGGCUGCUUUCUAUGCUUCGCGGUCACAACAAAGAACUCCUGAUCGCAUCGUCGGUCUUGAUGACUGCGGGCUGUGGAGCGCUCGCAGUAGGUCGUGUGGACAACUUGUACCAGCUCUGGGGAUUGCUAGUUCUCGCUGGCGUCGGUAUUGGCGGUAUUGUCGUGCCUGCGUCCAUUAUUUACGAUCUCAUCGCUACCGUCGCAGCCCUUACUCUUGCGAUCCGCGUCAUCGGCGGCUCAAUCGGCUACUGCGUGUACUACAACGUCUUCAUCUCUACUCACUUCAUCGGCGGCGCCAUGGUGACCAAGCUCAACAUCACAUCUCCCAAGAUUAUCGAAGAGGCGAUUGUCAUCACCGGGUCUUCGCUUCUUCCCCUCCUCGAGGAGCUGCCAGGUAUCAAGGGCGUGCCGGGUGCGUACGAAUUGGUCGUGUAUGCUGGUCAACUUGCGUACGCAGAGGCAUACAAGUACGUGUACUAUGUUAGCAUCGCUUUUGGAGGUGUCGGCAUUAUCGCAGCGUGCUUUUUGGGCGACAUUUCCAAGUACAUGGACGACCACGUUGCUGUCGUCAUGCACUGA